AUGUUUUCUAAAAGUGGAACCAACACCCCAAAUCCUUCUUCAUCUAUAAAUAAAAUACAAUAUCAUGAACAACUAGAUGAAACAAUCACUUGGAUUAAAGAUUGGUAUUCCCCCAACUUAUCAACCGAUCCAUUAUCUCAAGAAGAUGCUAUGAAUGAUGCAGUUAGAUUAAAAGGUUGGUACAAAACAAAUAUUAAUCAUAAAAAUUCCAAGAAUCAAUUAACUUAUAAUCCUGUUGAUACUUUAGAUUUGAAUCAAUGGAGAUAUUAUAAGGAAAUAGACAAUACCUCAACUAACAUUGAUAACGAUAGUAGUACUAAUGAAACAAAUGAUGAUAAUAUGGAGAUUGAUAAAGAAUUAGGAUCUGCUAUUAGAUUUGAUGAUCAAUUCUCAUAA